GCGAUGCCAUUUUUGAAACUACCACCCACUUCCAUAAAGAUAAGGAUACAAUCCGGAUGUUGUAUAAUAGGUUGUCAUUCGAAACGCAUAGGAAAUAUGGAAAAGUUUCCUCAGAGAAAAACGGCGUCGUUCGGAAAAUGGUCAGAGCUACUGGGAAUCACAACUGAGGAAGCAACUAACCUUCCCCUGUAUAUUUGUCGGAGGCAUUUCGCAACAACAGAUUACGUAACAGUUCGUUCUCGAUAUUUGAAAAUGAACGCUAUUCCCUCCCAGAACAUCGUGAGGAUGAUUAAAAUGCCAUAUAUGGAUCGAAGGAAAGUGAGGGAUUUGCCGACUCAAGCAUAUCUGACAGAUCACAGUUAUUGCAAGGAAGACUUGAAACCAAGAAGCAAUCGAUGUUGUUUUGUGCCAGGAUGUUCUAUAAAAAGUUCGAAAGGGAUAUUCUUGCACAAAUUUCCAGAGAAUAAGACAAUAGCGGAGGCCUGGAGACAUGCCAUCAAAUCAGUACACAAACCGACUCAGAAUUCCUUCAUUUGCAGCCAACACUUUCAUCAAAGUGAUUAUGUAUCAGGACGAAAUUUAUUGAAGAAUGGUGCUGUGCCUUGCCGCAAUUUACCUUCAACACUACUGGAGAAAACUCAAUCAGCACGAAGUAGUAAUAAUCCAUAUUUGCGAGCAUUCAGAAGUUUUCGGAAUCCAAAACCUACCUGUCCUUAUCGCGCCCUCGAUAGUAUAUCCGACGAGGAAGUGAAUCCCGUUAUUACAGCACAAACCAUGAGCAACAAAUCUAACGAUGAUAGCGCAGCAACAAAGGAAGAUAGUUGUCGGGAUUUUCCUACAGAUACAUACAAUAACGAAGGAUGUGAGGAAAAGGUGUCGAUUUUGUCAGAACUUCCUUUCUACGAAACCACUGAAAGAAUCGAUCAAAACAAUAACGUGACUGACUGCACACAUACUGCAGAACAGAUCGAUAUCGACCGCACUAUUCGGGAACUGCAGCAAAAAAGGAAAAUUAUUCUUAGUGAUCUUUUAGUCACGGACGAGGAUUUGAACGUGUGGACGGGUAUGCCAUCAAUGUGCAUAUUGGAAAUCGUAUGUACGACAGUUAAGAAUCUAGAGGACAAUGUGUAUAAGAACAAGUAUAAAAUGCACACCACUGACCGAAUAAUUCUCACACUGUCUAAGCUGAAGCAAAAUGUAUCAUUUGCAGCGUUAGCUGCACUUUUCAGGAUUUCACCAACUACAGCAUCAUAUUAUUUUUCAUACACUAUCCAAAUCUUAUCAGAAGUAUUUAGUCCUAUGAUUUACUGGCCGACAAUGGAGGAAAUUCGUAGAAAUAUGCCACAUUGUUUCAAACAAAAAUUUGGUAAUGUUCGAUGUGUACUCGACUGCACCGAAGUGGGCAUUGGCUGCCCUAACUGUUUGAAUUGUAGAAUAGCUUGCUAUUCUAAUUACAAGCACAAGCGAACGGCAAAAUUUCUUAUCGGCGUUACGCCCGCUGGAUUAAUAAGUUUUUGCAGUCGAGCGUAUUCGGGAAAAGCUUCUGAUAAAUAUAUUUUCAACAAAGAGAAAUUUAUGGAAAAGUUGACGAGAUACCAGGAUGAAAUAAUGGUCGACAAGGGAUUUGCUAUUGAAUCAGAAUGCUUAGAAAACGGAAUUCGCCUACACAUACCUCCAAUAAUGCACAGUGAGCGAUAUUCUGAAGAAGAUGCAUUGCUGAACGAGUCAAUAGCAAAAGCGAGGAUCCACGUAGAACGCGCAAUAUCUCGUAUUAAAAUAUUUGGUGUAUUGCAACGAAAUUUAGAUGCCAGUACAUUGAAACACGUUGAUGAAAUAAUGAAUGUUGUCUGCGGGAUCGUUAAUAUAUCAGCGCCGAUAUUACGAGACGAUAAGUUUUGAGCAAUUCAUAUAUUUUUUUCUGUUCCGCAAUAAUACAUUUAACAGAUAUUUGAUGUAACCGAAUAAAAACAUACUAAUCAUCUUA